AUGAACGUGACAAGCUUGUUUUCCUUCACAAGUCCAGCCGUGAAGAGACUUCUUGGGUGGAAGCAGGGCGACGAGGAAGAAAAAUGGGCGGAGAAAGCAGUGGACGCUUUGGUGAAAAAGCUGAAGAAAAAGAAAGGGGCCAUGGAGGAACUGGAGAAGGCCUUGAGCUGCCCGGGGCAGCCCAGUAACUGUGUCACCAUUCCCCGCUCCCUGGACGGCAGGCUGCAGGUCUCCCACCGCAAGGGACUGCCCCACGUCAUCUACUGCCGCGUGUGGCGCUGGCCCGACCUCCAGAGCCACCACGAACUGAAACCACUGGAAUGCUGCGAGUUCCCUUUCGGCUCCAAGCAGAAGGAGGUGUGCAUCAACCCCUACCACUACAAGAGAGUGGAAAGCCCCGUUCUUCCUCCGGUGCUGGUCCCAAGACACAGCGAAUAUAACCCUCAGCACAGCCUCUUAGCUCAGUUCCGCAACUUGGGACAGAAUGAGCCUCACAUGCCACUCAACGCCACUUUCCCGGAUUCUUUCCAGCAACCCAACAGCCACCCGUUCCCUCACUCCCCCAACAGCAGCUACCCCAACUCCCCCGGAAGCAGCAGUAGCACCUACCCUCACUCUCCCACCAGCUCGGACCCAGGAAGCCCUUUCCAGAUGCCAGCUGAUACGCCCCCUCCUGCUUACCUGCCUCCUGAAGACCCUAUGACCCAGGAUGGCUCUCAGCCAAUGGACACAAACAUGAUGGCACCUUCACUGCCCCCCGAAAUCCACAGAGGAGAUGUUCAGGCAGUUGCUUAUGAGGAGCCAAAACACUGGUGCUCUAUUGUCUACUAUGAGCUCAAUAACCGCGUGGGAGAAGCGUUCCAUGCCUCCUCCACCAGUGUGCUGGUGGAUGGUUUCACCGACCCUUCCAACAACAAGAACCGUUUCUGCCUUGGGCUGCUCUCCAACGUUAAUCGGAAUUCCACCAUUGAGAACACGAGGCGGCACAUUGGAAAAGGUGUCCACCUUUACUACGUUGGAGGGGAGGUAUACGCCGAAUGCCUCAGCGACAGCAGCAUCUUUGUGCAAAGCCGAAACUGCAACUACCAUCACGGGUUCCAUCCCACGACUGUGUGCAAGAUCCCGAGUGGGUGCAGUUUGAAGAUUUUUAAUAACCAGGAAUUCGCUCAGCUACUGGCACAGUCUGUGAACCAUGGCUUCGAGACCGUCUAUGAGCUCACAAAAAUGUGUACUAUACGCAUGAGCUUUGUGAAGGGUUGGGGAGCAGAAUACCACCGCCAAGAUGUUACUAGCACCCCCUGCUGGAUUGAGAUCCACCUGCACGGCCCCCUCCAGUGGCUGGAUAAAGUUCUCACCCAGAUGGGUUCACCUCACAAUCCUAUUUCAUCUGUGUCUUAA